ACUAGCACCAACAUUCUCCACUUGGCUCUGUAGCUGCGAGGAAUGGCUAUGGAAGAUCCUGACAAGAAGACUGAAGUAGUACUGCUGGCCUGUGGGUCCUUCAAUCCCAUUACCAACAUGCAUCUAAGGCUAUUUGAGCUGGCUAAAGACUACUUUCAUGAAACAGGAAAAUACAAAGUAAUCAAAGGAAUAAUUUCACCAGUAGGUGAUGCAUAUAAGAAGAAAGGUCUGAUCAGUGCGAAUCACCGAGUAACUAUGGCAAAACUAGCUACAAAAAACUCAGAUUGGGUGGAAGUUGAUGAUUGGGAAAGCAGCCAGAGUGAGUGGUUGGAAACACUAAAAGUUUUAAGGUACCAUCAUCAAAAGCUUUUAUGUCCUGAUCCCACUAAUAGUCUGCAGAAUGCUAUACCUUUAACAAAGCCAGGACGGAAGAGGAAACAGGAACCAAAUAGGCAUGACCCCGUUAAAAAGAAAAAUCAGAAUCCCGAUAUAAAAAGUGUCCCACAGGUUAAACUGCUUUGUGGAAGUGACAUGCUGGAAUCUUUUGGGAUCCCCAAUCUGUGGAAGUUGGAGGACAUCACUGAAAUUGUGGAAAAUCAUGGCCUUGUAUGCAUCAGUAGGGCUGGAAACAGUGUUCAGAAAUUCAUCUAUGAAUCUGAUAUUUUGUGGAGGCAUAAGAAUAACAUUCACCUUGUGGAAGAAUGGAUCACAAAUGACAUUUCCUCCACCAAGAUUAGGAGAGCACUGCGGAGGGGCCAGAGCAUUCGUUACCUAGUGCCUGAUGUAGUUCAAGCAUACAUAGAAAAAAAUAAUCUGUAUAGUCCAGAGAGUGAAGACAGGAAUGCUGGGGUUGUCUUGGCUCCCUUACAGAAACAUGCAAGUGAUUCCAAGAACUAACAGGCACUAUACAACUAACUUACUUUCUGCUGUGAAAAAAGCUACAGUUCAGUACAGGAAAAUGUGGUUUUGGGGGGUUGUUUGUUUUUUUAAGUAAAUAGUGGGGUAAUUCUGUGGCUUUAGUACAUAUGUAGUUGCUGUUGAGGUUUGGUGCACUCAAUAAUUGGACCUACACAAGCUUUUUUAAAGCCAACAACAAGAUUUUCAUGUUUAAACAUUUUGUCACAGUGCAAUGAACUAAGUGUAAGAAUUCACACUUGCAUAUGAGAAUUACAAAUUAACAAACAAAACAAAUGAAAUGUUCUGAUUAGUUUUAACUCGGACUGCUCUGACUGCUGUUUAUAAGUUAGUAACACAAAUAUUUUUAAUAACUUACAGUGUCUUAACAAAGCCAUUUAAUUUCAAAAUGUACCAGUCACUGAUAGUAAAUCUAUAUAACUCAUUUUUUAAAAAAUUGCCAACAUGUGGUAUACCUCAAAGAAAUUAUUUAGCUCUAUGCUGGAAGGGAAAAAUUUACUCCUCGCUGAAGUGGUGCUAGACAUACCAUGCUUUGAGUUGCCUGCCUUUCAAAUAUGCAGCCUGUUUGAUUGCCAUCAUGCAAUUUGCUCCCAGAAAUGCCUCGUGCUUUACUUUUUCAUUCAUGUUUCCAGAGCUGUACGUUAAGCUCAGCACUGUUUCUCAUGGAAGGACAGACCUACUUCAGAAACUGGUUUAUAGCCAUUGAUUUAAUGGGUAGAAAUUAAUAAUAGUGUCAUUGCAUGGAUUCUCAGAUAGGUGUCCCUUUAUUUCAAAUAAUAAAUGAGCUUUUACUUUUGAGGCAAAUGUAUACAGCCAGAAUUGUUUUCUGUAACUGGAGUUGAGAAGAAAUGGUAGGAUAUUAAGACUGUACAUAAGUGAAAUGUUUUUCUUUGCUAGAAAUCUGGUUUUGAAUCUAAUAGUAUAUUGUCUGUAUUAUGUGAAUAUAAACUAGAGGGGCACUGUGAAUGUCAUGGUGAUAGAAUUCUACCUCCCUUUAGAUUUGCCGUCAUCCCAUUUUUGUUUGGAUUAUGUGCCUGAUUAAAAAUGUCAAGGUUUCCAAGACGCUUCCUAAUGGGUCAACAGCUUCUUCAUAUGAUCUCCACAAGAUGACUCCGUUCACAUUUUUCAGGUCGACAAAUCCAGCAGAAUGUGAGACUAUCAGGGCAGGAAGCCUAGAUGCUGUUGGGCAAGCCUAGGACCAGGAGCAUGUUCCAGGAUCAUAAUCGCGACAACCCAUCAUCCUCCUUCCCCAGGCAGGGGAUCCCCAAAGAGCUGAGGCAGAGGUGUAGGCUUCCCUAGGAGCUUAGGGGGAGUCUGGAAGCAAGAAGCCAAACGCAGAACAUCAUGGGUGACCCUAGGGCCUGCAAGGCUCGUGUAAAACCCAGCAGGGGAGUCGAGACACUCUCAGAAAAACCUGUGACCCGCAGUGGAGCUAGCAUCGGGCACGCAAACUUAGAGCCCCACAUGAAAUUCUGCAAUUACCAUGCACCAGAACAUCUGUGUCCUGCUAGCUCCAGCCUGUAAAGGUGGCUGUCUACAGAGAAUCUACAAGGAGAUUAGUGUAAUAAAAUCAAGUCACAACUUAGAAGUGCAUCUGUAACUGCACUGUGACAGAAAGUAGCAUCAAGGAUUCUUUAGUUUUUUUCUUGGUGAUUCCUGCAUCAGAUGUGCUCAGUCUGCCAUUUUUUCCCCUAGAGCUCAGGCAAGCUUACCCUGUCCUUCGAUAAUGAGGCCGGGUUCGUUUAUCAUCAAUAGUAAUAAAGGUACCGAAGGAUAAAUUAUGCCCCUGUGACACCUUAGCAAUCAAACUGCCAUAAUUGAUUGAAGAUAACCGUAUUAUUGAUGGUGCAUAGGGAAGGACAAGAUCUACUUUUCUCUUUUGCUUGCUAUCUGUCUUUAUGACUGACAAGAAUAGAGGGCAAGAAAGAUUUAUUUUCAGCAGUCAAGUCAAGCAGUGUGCUGCUGAAUAAACAGCAGAUCUUUCUAAUGGGAAAGCACCCUAUUUAUGUGGUCACUUUUCAGAGUAAAACUGCACUUUAAGUCUAGGUUUAUUCUUCUAAAUGAUGCUGGUGUGUGUUGGUGCACUUUGUGUAAUUCUAGACAAACUGCAAAUUCAAUAGGAUGUUUUAUAAAGCUUUGGUCUUCAAACAGUUAUGUUUCACUGGGUUUUAAUGUAGUUAUGUGUGAUGGGUCUUUCAAUAAAAUAAAUUGCAUGUAA